AUGGCAUAUGAUCGAUACGUUGCCAUCUGCCAACCGCUGCACUACGAGAGAGUGAUGAACAGGAGAGCUUGUGUCCAAAUGGCAGCCAGUGCCUGGAUCAGUGGCAUUCUUAAUUCUGCAUUGCACACCGGGAAUAUGUUUGCAAUAACCUUCUGCAGAGGCAACACAGUGGAUCAGUUCUUCUGUGAAGUUCCGCAGCUGCUCAAGCUGGCCUGCUCUGACUCCUACCUCAUUGAAAUUGGGGUUAUUGCCUUUAGUGCAUGCUUAGUCUUAAGCUGCUUUGUUUUAAUAAUUGUGUCAUAUGUUCAGAUCUUCACCGCAGUGUUGAGAAUCCCCUCUGAGCAGGGCCGGCAUAAAGCCUUCUCCACUUGCCUGCCUCACAUCAUUGUACUCUCACUGUGUAUUUUCACUGGCACAUUUGCCUACCUGAAACCCACCUCCAGCUCAGUGUCAGGUCUAGAUCUCGUGGCGGCUGUUCUCUAUUCUGUAAUGCCUCCAGUGAUGAAUCCAGUCAUCUACAGCAUGAGGAACAAGGAGCUCAAAGCUGCCCUGAGGAAACUGACAGGGUGGAGGUUAUUCACUGAGAAUAAAAGGUCUGUCUUUCUCAUAUGA